AUGUUUUUAGGAGCAGUUCCAAGAUGCUUCGGGAAUACUUCUCUACGAAAGUUGGAUUUUAGCUCUAACAAAUUGAUUUCUCGUAUACCCUCUUCUCUUUGGAGUCUCAAAGAUAUCUUGGUCUUAGACAUAUCCUCUAGUGCAUUGAGUGGAAUGAUUUCACCAGAGCUGCUCUGGAGUCUUCAUCACAAUUCUUUGACACUAGUUGUUCACUGUGAUGUGAAACUAAGCAAUGUUUUGUUGGAUGAAGAUAUAGCAGCUCAUCUUAGUGAUUUUGGCAUUGCUAAAUUGUUUGAGUAUGGAUCGAAAGGAGUUGUUUCAAUCAAAGGAGACAUGUAUGGUUAUGGUAUUUUGCUAAUGGAAAUCUUUACAAGGAAGAAGCCAACAGAUGAGAUGUUUGUUCAAGGAUUAAGUUUGAAAGAUCGGAUCAAAGUGGCGUUAGGUAGUGGAGGAAGAUGGUGCGACGGCAGCGAUAGAGGCUCCGUGAAUGAGGGGCACAUGGGUGUGUUGACGGUGAGGGUCUAG